AUGGGUAUCCCUGGGCUUAUCAAUGCGCUCGGUCCCGGUGAGCGGAUUUCCCUGUCCAAGUUGGCCAUAAGUCAUUUGGAACGCACCUCGCGACCUAUCCGAAUCGCUGUGGACAUUUCGAUAUGGCUGUUUCAGGUGCAAGCUGGCCGCGGUGGCAAGAAUCCAGAGCUACGCACGCUGUUCUUCAGGCUGCUCAAAAUCCUGGCUCUGCCAAUCCACCCACUCUUUGUUUAUGAUGGCAAAAAUAAGCCUCCCUUCAAAAGGGGGAAGGCUGUGUCAAGCCGGAGCUAUGGAAAUGCGCCAAUUAUUCAGCUCUCGAAAAUUCUGAUUGAUCUGUUCAGAUUUCCUCGUCAUGAGGCCCCGGGUGAAGCAGAAGCGGAGUGCUCGAGGCUGCAGAUGGCCGGAGUUGUUGAUGCGGUGAUGAGCAAUGAUGUGGAUGCGCUUAUGUUCGGGUCGGGAUUUACAGUCAUGAACUUUUCAAAAGAGGCUGGGUCCAGCGCUGGUGGUGCGACGCACGUUACUUGUUAUAAGAUGGGAAUGGGCGAUACGUCCAAUGUGCCGCUGGAUCGACCAGGCAUGAUUCUGUUUGCCAUGCUUAGCGGAGGCGACUACUUACCAACGGGUAGUGUUGCAAAAUGCGGCAGUAAGACCGCAGCCGAGAUCGCAAAGGCGGGAUUUGGCAACGAUCUCUUAGAGAUACUCGAGGCAGACGGUGCAGAGCUCGAGACUCGGCUGAAUGAGUGGAGAGACCGGCUACAGUAUGAAUUGGAGGAGAACGAAAGCGGGUACUUUCAAACCAAACACAAGGUUGUUCGAAUACCAGAGACUUUUCCCGACCGGACCAUCCUUUCCUACUACGCCAAACCAGUUGUAUCGUCGGAACAGCAGAUCGAAUCUCUGAAGGAUCGUUUGCGAAACGCAUGGGACCAAGAGGUGAAUGCUAAGGAAUUGAGGGACUUCACAGCCCACGCUUUCGAGUGGAAUUACCGUUCAGGGGCAAGAAAAGUCAUCAGGCUCUUGGCUGAGCCUCUGGUUUCCUACAGGCUUCGUCUUGGACAGCACCCAACAUCUGGCCGGCCCAGAUUAUCGAACAAUGACGUCCAAACUCUACAGAAAGUAUACAAAAGCCGAACGAGCUUUAUCACAGAUGGACAGAUCGAACUGCAAUAUGAGAUGGUUCCGAUAGAUGUUGUCGGCUUGGACCUGCUGGCCGAGCAGCCAAAUCCUCCACUUCAAUCACAGGGCACAACAGCCUCAGGCGACGAAGAAGAGGACGGAGAUGGCGAAGAAAUUACUCCUCAGUCACCAAUCAAAAAGCGUACGACAAAGUCGUAUGAUCCUUUUGCCUCUGAAAAAGUGUGGAUUUUCGAGAGCGUUGCUUCGAUCGGCGUUCCAGAGACUGUAGAGAACUGGAAGAAAGAGCAAGCAGCAAAAUUGUCCGCACCUAAAAAGACAAUAACCAAGAAGUCAGGUCCGAGGAGGCGAAAGGAGUUGGACCCGAGCAUGAAACAAGGCAGCAUCCUGAAAUACGGUACACUCAAGAAAGGCCGCUCAGACAUGUCCGAAUACAAAAGCGCACAAUUGUUCGAGGCCGCAGUGUCCACAUCGUCGCCAACGAAAACUCCCCCAUUCUCCAGCCCUGUAACAGGAGCUGGGCCUGGAAUGUAUGGUCUGACAAUGUCGACUUCACCGAAACUCAACCAGCGAGUAGAUGGCUUUGACUACCUAGUCGACCGAUUUGCAUCGUGCGAUCUCUCUGGUUCUGGUUCUCCUGUUAAACGCCGACCAGUUACGAGAUCUCUCCACUCUCAACGCGUAGCAGUCACUUCUGGCGGUGUGGAGAUCAUCGAGAUCCCAGACACGGACGAUGAAUACUCCCCACCUGCCACCCCAAAACUCCGCAUGAGCUUCUCCAAUGCGAGCUAUAGAGAGCUACGCUGCCAUAACUAUUUCUCCCGGCCUUGCAGUCCGAGCCCGAGACAAGCGAAGCAGGUUGAAGAUCAAGUUGCACCUGAAAUAGCGCAUCUCGAACACGCCGUGUCAUCCCUGAACCUGACUACGCAUGAUGGGGAUAAUGAGACGAAGUCAUCCCAAAAGUCGAGAACGAAGUCAAAGGAGCCAGAAACUAGUGUUGAAGACAUUGCCCUCGACAGAAGCAAAGUCACCUUGGAAGACCCUGUCGAAAAAACCAAGCCAAAGCACCGCAAGGCCCCUGCCGUAAGAAAGAAGGCCUCCGGUAGUGAGGAAACACAGCCAGGACGUUCACGCCACGGCACCAUCAACACCACUUCCGCUAGCAGGGAAGCACCAACGCACAUUGAAUCAAUCACCGCGUACGACGGAUUUUGGACAGUAAGUGCGCCGGCUACUGAAAGAGACCACGAGGCACAUCCUACAGAUACGGAAGGGCCAAAGAACGAUAAGAAGAAGAAGAAACGGUUCGCUCGAGUCAGUAUUUUGGACCUCACUUGA